UAAUUUUUUUUAAUCAAACAUCCAGGCAUCCUUUCAAAUAAAACAAAACCCUACCCCUUUUCCCAUCCUGAUCCAUCCAGGCAUCCAUGGGCUACCAGAGAUCGGAAGCCGCGGAAGGGAGUCACGCCAAUAAGGAAUCGGAGACAAUUUUACCGCAAGAUUGGUUGACUCGGUCUAAUGUUCUCAUUCAAGAUUUAUCUUCCCUGUGCGAUUUCAUCUCCUACAUAGGCUUCGUAAAAAGUUAGUAUUCAUCACUCAUAAAUUCAUUGGAGCUCUAGUUUUGAAUGCUUAUCUAAAAUCUAUUCAUGGAAAUCGAGAGAUAUAUCAUUUGAUUUCGAGGCUAUCUGCUUUAACAUGGUGAUUUGUAUUGUCUUGGUUGACUCUCCUGAAGCUACAAGCGUUUUAUCCGGCUAUGAGAUGGUGGCUGUGAAGGGGCCGAGUGCGGUAUCGGUGGACUGUGACUCUGUGAGGUUCGUGGGCAGCAGCGGUCCUUGUAGUGUUGGGCUAAUUAAGUUGCUUCUCUUGCUUGUCUUUGUUGGGGUUUUGGGUGCCGUUUUCGUGUACAAUGGAAUCAUCCCCAUAAUAAAUUUGAAGAUAAAAACGUUCAGCACACCACUUGUAGCAGUUUUACAUUUUUCUGCAGUAGCAGUUUUUUCAUCUUUGCUUUUGCCAUCUACACCCUCCAUGUGGGCUGCAGGGCUGAAGGGCUACAGGGCUGACUUGGAUAUGGAUGGCUAAAGAGUUCUAAUUAUACGUACAUUGUUUUGUAUUUAUAUCUGAUUCUGACUAACGGGACACAAAUAACUCUUAGAGUAGGGCAUGACUGGACUGUGGAAGAUGAUGAAGAUGAAGGUGAUUGGGCAAACAGAAGAUAAAGACUUAUUUGAAGUGCAUUGGUCAUUGGCUUUUAUUUGUAUAUAUUAAUUUGUAAUGUUUAGUAAGAGAGAAAUUAGCAUUUAGAAUUGUUCAAUGACUGGAAUAUGUAGAUUAGCUCUAAAAACUUAACUAUGUAAUUUAUGCAAUUUUGUUAGUGAAUGUUUAAACUCUGUUUGAAUUGGAGUUAUACAAUAUACAUUCAACUUUCUUAUUUA